CUUACAAAUUAUAUUUAGGCCCGAGCACUCGGGCACCUGGAGGGGAUUCCACUGAUGGGAAUUGGGAUGGGAUGGCAUGCUGUUCCAGACAAGUACUGAAGUGACUCAUAAACAUGAACUUUGCCGUACAAUCUCAAAUCCCUCUCCUCCUCUUCCUCUAUAUAACAAGAACCUGUUGGAUAUGAAGCUUUGAGACCUCGAAAACCCUACUAAAGAGAUGGUGAUUAAUUAGGUACUCCUUAUGAUGCCAGCAUGGAAUUGGACUUCCAACGUCAGAUAAGAUGGACUUGAACAUAGAUCAGGACUGUUGUAGUUCAAAUUCUGCACUGGUAAAUGCAUCUCAACUCAGUGCUUCAUCAAAAGAUGAUGCUUAUAGGGGUGGGUUACUAAAAAUUGGUACAGAGUUUGAAUCUGAAGAACAUGCUUACAGAAUUUACAGCAAGUAUGCUGAAGUGGUAGGCUUCAGUGUUCGAAAAGAUUGGUUAAAUAGGAGUAAAGUGCAUGGUCUAGUGGUGUCUAGAAAGUUUACUUGCUCUAAGGAAGGUUAUCGGCGGAAAGACAAGAGAGACCUUAAUGUGAAGAAGCGUCAUAAAGAAACAAGAACUGGUUGCUUGGCUCACAUGAUUGUCACUCGCCAGCCUGAUGGUAGAUACAGAGUGACACAUUUUGAAGCAGAGCAUAAUCAUGAUAAUAUAGACCCAAAUAAUGCUGACACACAGCUAUUACAGAGGGAGUUAUUUGUUGAUCAAGCUGCCAAAGCUGACUUGUAUACAGGGACAGAAUCAAGCUCAACCUAUGGACUGAUGAACAGACGAAUUGAAGUUUGUCAAUCUCUUGAUUAUCUGGCCAUGGAUUUUGAAAAUUCCCUACGGUCUGAAAGGAUUAGAGAUAUGAAGGAAGGGGAAGCAGGACGUUUGUUGCGUUAUUUUCAUAGGCAGCACAUUGAAAACCCAUCAUUUAUUCAUGGCAUUCAGGUUGAUAUUGAUGACAAAGUAAGUAACAUAUUCUGGGCUGACGAUAAAAUGGUAGUGGAUUAUGACCAUUUUGGUGAUGUGGUUUGUUUGGACACUAUUUACCGAACAAAUAAAGAUCUUCAGCCGUUUGUACAGUUCAUUGGAGUGAACCAUCACAAUCAAGCAAUAAUUUUUGCUGCUGCACUUUUAUUCGAUGACACUGUUGAAUCGCUCAAGUGGCUGUUUAAUACAUUUCUAGAGGCAAUGUCUGGAAAGAAGCCAAAAGUCAUUCUUACAGAUCAAGAUGCAGCAAUAGUGGAAGCAGUCAAUUCAAUUUUACCAGAAACGAGCCAUCGUAUCUGUGUCUGGCAGAUGUAUCAGAAUGUUCUUAAGCAUCUUAGCCAUUCAGUGGAGGAUAUUGAAUCCUUUUCUAGUGACUUUCGAAGUUGUAUUUAUGACUCCAAUUACGAGGAGGCUUUUGUUCAUGCUUGGGAGAGUCUGCUGGACAAAUACGGCCUUCAACAAAAUGAGUGGCUAAGAUGGAUGUUUAGAGAAAGAGAGAAGUGGUCCAUGGUAUAUGGCAGUAACACAUUUUUUCUUAACAUGAAAGGCUCACAUGUGGUUGAAGAUUUAUCUAAUAACUUGAGAAGUUAUCUAAACUCUGACCAAGAUGAUGCGCUUCAGAUUUUCAAGAUUUUUGAAAGGGUGGUAAAUGAGCAACGUGUCAAAGAAAAACAUGCUAAUGAUGAAAUGACUAGAUGCAUGCCAAGGUUACUAGGUAAUGUAGUUUUGCUAAAGCAUGCAAGUGCUAUUUAUACGCCAAAGGCAUUUGAAAUAUUUCAGAAGGAAUAUGAGAAGUGUUUAAAUGUCGUAGUCAGCCAGUGCAAUGAGAAUGGAUUUUUGCUUGAAUACAAAGUCAAAACAUUUGGACGGACUCAAGAAUAUACAGUCACAAUCAAUUCAACAGAUGACACAGUAGUUUGCAAUUGCAUGAAAUUUGAGAAUGUAGGAUUUUUAUGUGGCCAUACUUUGAAAGUUCUUGAUGAUCGGAACAUAAAGAUGGUUCCAUCUCGAUAUAUCUUGAAGAGAUGGACAAAUUAUGCAAGGCUAGGAAGAGCAAGAAAUAGCAAUGAUUUCACUGCUCAAGAAAACCCAAAGUUGGUUGUAGCUAACCGUUACAAAGAUUUGUGCCGCAACAUAUUGAAAAUGUCAGCCAGGGCAGCUGAAUCAGAAGAUGCAUUUCAGUUUGCCUUAAGAAAACUAGAUGAGUUAAUUGAAGGUGUGGAGAAGAUCUUGAUGUUGAAACCUGAUGAGGGUCAUGGUAUCAAUUCAAGUAGCACCAUAGUGAAUGGUCACGAAAGUGAAAAUGCAGAGUUGUUCUUGAAUGAGAAGGCAAUCGAGGAUCCAGGAGAGGACAACAGAGUUGAGGGAUCAAAAGAAAGGCAGAGUGAUGUUCCUGAUAGACAUCAACUGAAAAAUGUGGUUGGAAAAGGCUGUCAGAAAAAAAGAUUUCAGUUUGCACAACCACCCUCCCCUAAUACCAUCAACGGCAUUUCAAGUCCUCCACAAGCAUGUGUUACUACUGAAGGCCCACCUCACAGUCCUCUUUUGCAGGUUGUGUAUAAUUUUGAGGCCAAUCAGGUGGUUCAGUGCAAGUACCCGCUGCAGAAUCCAGUAGGUAUGGACCAUCAAGAUAAUCCUAACAUGUACCGACAAUCAAAUUUUUAUGCUGACUAGCAAGACUCACCUAGUCAAACUCCAUCACUCCAGGUAACUAUUUCUUUUUAGAGUAAUAGAUGGUUAGGAGGGACUUCUCAGAAAAUUAUGUUUCCGAUAUUAUAUAAGAUCUCGAGUUCACCAACAACAACAAUUUCAAAAAUAAGAUCACGGGUGAAUGGUAAUUGAGAGUGGAAUAUCAAAUGGAGGCUAACUCUUAAGAAUUUUUUAAAUUGAGCAGGAAAUGUCUUCGCAUCAGGUUCUUCAAGAGGUACAGCUUUAUCAUACUAAACCAGAUUUGAAGGUAUGGACUCUUUGCAAAGAUGAAAAAUCUACAAUGAAAUCUUGUACCGCUUUUAUUCAUAGCAUAGAGUGUAGUGGAUCAUGCUCUUUUCAGAUACAAGCUUGGAAGUUUGUGGCUCCUUCAAAGAUUCGAACUUUUAUUUGGUUGGUCAUUCAACAUAAACUGUGUACAAGAUCUUUCUUAUAUUGUUGACAUCUUUCAUUCUUGGAUCAGUCAUUUUUCCCAUUCUAUUUAACGUUAUAGAAACCUGAAGUCAUAUAUUGAUUCACUGUCAAUUUAUAUGGAAUUUAUGAACCAAUUUUUUUUCGUGGUGAGGGAUCUGUUAGAAUGUUCCACACAUACUUGAUAAGCUGCUGCAUCAAUGACCACUGAUGAUUAUAGGCAAGUUUCAAAGGAAGGCAUUGGAACUACUCUCUUCUGGUAUUCCUUGGAGCAUAUGGUUAAUCAGAAAUAAUUUGGUUUUCUAUGAUGUUAGACUAGAUUUGGACUUGUGCUUUUCCCUGCUUUUCCCUGACACUCCAUCGAUUAUCUACUAAGUUGAAAUUGUGAAUCUCAUUUUUCUUACAUAUGUAAUGAUCUUUAUAUUAGUAUUGACUAUAUUCGAAACCGGACGAAUAUCAAUAGACGACGCUAAAUGUUUGUAUGGUACUAUGUUGUAGGGCCUUUUUUGUUUCUCUUUCUCUUCUGUUUUGGUACUUCUUUAUGUAAAAACUUUAUCUUUUCAUGGUGGCUAUCCUCUAAUUGGGUAGCAUGAGUUUUUUUUAUAAAUCUUUGGAUUAUUAUAAAAAAAAAAGACUUGGUAGAAUGAUUUUCAUUUGCCUUUGAAACGAUAGGUCGAAGAAUUGAAUGCAGGAUUAUUGUA